ACCCUUAUUUCACCGACAAUUAUUUAUUACAAGUUCAUCUGCAUUUGUAAAAUGCAAUCCAUGACUAUAAAAUGCUUCUAUUAAAGGACACCUCGUGCCUAAACUUGCUACUAACAAGUGAGAUCAGCUGGUGACAAUUCGUAUAACGUGUACCAGUUCAUUAAAGUGAGCAGUGUCGACGACGUGAAAAAUUAUAAUCAGAUUUUGCAGGUUCUCCGCGGUGUAAAAAAUAAUGGGGCGUAUUGUGUACGCUGAAGAACGUCUCCACAAUUACUUGACAUCGUUAGCGAAACCAGAUGAAUAUACGAUAGGACUAAUUUUGGGACAGAGCGCUGGUCAAAAAGAUUAUAUUGUACACCUGGCAAAAACUCCACUUCCGCUUGACAAAAAUGUUGUGGAGGAAACAGCGAUUAGUUCUAAAGCAAACGUCGAACAAACCAAUGUUAAUAAUUAUAUAAAAUCUGUGAAAGAUAUACCUGAGAGUUGGGUUGCUGAUCAUGCUAAACAUGUUACCAGGAUGUUACCUGGUGGAAUGCAAGUUCUUGGAGCAUUUAUUGUGGGUCCUAAUGAUGUUAUUAAUGAUAAUAUAAAUGUACAAAAGCUUAGAUCUAUUUUAAUGGCUAUACAUAAAAACUUAUCCCAAAACAAAUAUCUUUGUGGAAAUAAUAAUGAAGAGCAUCUUAUUUUAAACUUAAAUAGCAUAACACAGAAAUAUAUAUGUAAAUCUGUAGAAAUCAGUAAGACUGGAAUGAUAAAACCAGCAGAGUGGAAGUUUCAAGGAAAAUCUACAAAAUGGCAUCAAUUAGAGGCUGUUAUAGAUUUCGACCGUUUAUUUCUUAUUGCUGCAAAUAAAGAUCCUGAAACUCUUAAAAAACAAUUACAGGAUAUUUUGAAAAGUAUGUCAGACACCAUUGAAUCUUCUUUGAUUGCUAUUGAAGGAGAAGUAAAAUCCCCAAAUGAUACAUUAGACAUAAUUACUAAAAACAAAAAAGAAGAAAAAGGAUGUAAGAAUAAUGAUAAAAAUGCUAAUGACAAACCAAUUCACAUUAGCUUAUACAUUCCAUGUCAAGUUAACGAUACUAGUUCGAAUGUGAGGGUAACUGCUUGCAACGCGUCGAUACGUCUGGUUGGGCAGUUAGUAAGUAGAACAUUUGUUCAUCAAAAAGCAAAUGUUGAAGAAGCUAAUGCAGCAGUGAAAGAGGAUAUAAUAAGAUCACUGGCGAGUAGACUUGAAAUGCAUUGGGAUAGUUUAAUCGACGAAGAAAAUGGUUCUCCAGAAGAAAAUAUAACAUUGCACGAACCUCCAAGAAGAGUGCUGAUAGAAUUACCAGAAAGCAAAGUAACAUUAUCAGACUACCUCUUCCCCGGUGAAGGUCCGCAAGAAGCACUUGUAUCGCUACAAGAGCUUUUAGAUUUAGAAGUUCAAGAAAACACUGUUCAAAAAGAUAUAGAACUCCAAGUUGAUCCUAUGGAGUUCUACAGUCAAAGUGAAGUGGAUGUGAAACCCGUAGAUUUCGGCAAAGAUUUAUGUGAUAAUCAACAAAAUAAAAUUUACAUCACAGGUAUCAGUAUUGCAAUUAUAAUUCUAAUAAUUGCUAUUGUAAUACACAAAUUAUAUUGAAACAUAAAAUUAAUAUAAAAUCAAAAUUUAUAUUUUACUGUAAUGAUAUUACUGUAUAAAAUGUGUAUAUUUUCUAUAUUGUUAUGAUGCUAUUUAAACAAGAGAAAAAUAUUAACAGACAAAAAUAAUAAAUCAUCGAAUCACGCUGUUUGUAAAUUAUUAUGUAAAAGUAUUAUAUUAGAAAUUACACGUUAUACGAUGUAUACAUUGACAUUAUCAUCGCUCAAGAAAAGCAGAAGUAUGUUAGAACUUUAAUUUUAAUAUUUUCUGUUGCAAUUAAAUAUUUUUGUACAGGUGUUAUUACAAUGAUUGUAAGACGAGUAUCAAUAAAAAUACCUUUAUCUAUUAAAGAUAACACAUAAUCUCGGUUUCUCUCAAUAUGCUAAAUAUUACAUGCAUUAUGAUCGAUUUAUGCUUAAUGUAUUUUUGAAUAGGUUUUAAUAUGACUUAACAUGUCAAGAUAUUUUUAACUUGUAGUAUAUUAUCUUAUCAUAAUAACAUCUACACAAUAUAUACAUUUAGUAUCAUACACGCAUAUUAUGUACAAAAAGACAGUACUUCCAAAGUCAAUAUAAUGGCAUCUCUUAAUAGAUAAAACAACUAGCAGUGUUCUUUCGUUUCAUUUUCAAUAAUUAAUCCUAUAAACAAUGUCUAUGACCUGAUUACUCUGAAUCAAAUGGUGCCAUGCAAUAUAAAUACACAAGUUACUGAUAAACCAGGCAGUGGUACUUCUAUGUUUUAAAAUGCUUGGUACAAUCCGCAUCGCCUUAACAAAUCCUUUAAAUACUUGAAAAAACUAUUACUAAGUUUUAUGAAAAACUUUGUAUUUACAAAAUUCUCUUUACACUGUACAUAGCAAAUUUAAUAAAGAACAUAAUCCAUUUU